ACGCGAUGACGUAAAACUCACCGGUGUCUCCGUGGGCCGAGUGUUCGCAGUCCGAGGCGAGUCGCGGGUGUCCGCGAUGUAAGCGCCCCGCGCUGUCGCCGAACACGAGGGCCCCAUGGCAGAGUCUGGCGUGCGGACAUUCCGUGUCCCGGCGCGUCACGGCUACUCCGUCAAGUUCUCUCCGUUCUUUCCCGCUCAGCUGGCGUGCGCCGCAUCGCAGUACUUCGGCAUCGCCGGGUCUGGGAGCCUCUUGAUUCUGCACCAGACCCCAGAGGGAAUUACCGAACUGCGGAGGUUCGAGUGGAACGACAGCCUCUUCGACGUGGCGUGGAGCGAGGACAAUGAGCACGUGCUGGUGACGGGCUCCGGCGACGGCUCCCUGCAGCUGUGGGACACGUCGCAGCCUGAGGGGCCCCUGCGAGUCUACCAGGGCCACAGCAAAGAGGUCUACAGCGUGGACUGGAGCCAGACCCGAGGGGAGAACCUCGUGGUGUCGGGAUCAUGGGACCAUACGGCCAGAGUGUGGGACCCCGCGGUCCCGUCGUCUCUGGCCGAGUAUCGCGGGCACGAGGGCGUCGUGUACAGCACCGUGUGGUCUCCGCACAUCCCAUCUUGCUUCGCCUCCGCGUCCGGCGACCAGACGUUGCGAGUGUGGGACGUGAAGAGCCCGCACGCGGCGCGCAUCGUCAUCCCCGCCCACCAGGAGGAGGUCCUCAGCUGCGAUUGGUGCAAGUACGACCAGAAUCUGCUGGUCUCUGCCGCCGUGGAUUGUGGCAUCCGCGGCUGGGACCUGCGAAACAUCCGGCAGCCGGUGUUUAGCCUGCUCGGACACUCGUACGCGAUACGGAGAGUCAGGUGUUCUCCAUUUCAGCCUACCGUCUUGGCUUCCUGCUCUUACGACUUCUCAGUGAGGUUUUGGGAUUUCCAGGCGCCCGUUCCCCUGCUCCAAACGGUGGAACACCACACGGAGUUUGUUUGUGGCCUCGACUUCAGCAUUCACACACCUGGGCAGGUUGCGGACUGCGCCUGGGAUGAGACGGUGCGUGUGUACGUUCCUGGGUGUCUGAAUACUGCUCCAAGCUGACCUAUGGAACCAAUGAUCUAUGACCGUCCUCCCUCCAACUCCCUCUCCCCCCGCCCCAUCUACAUCGCAGUUGGCAUUGCCGCUAAAAUUGCUGUCACAUUGACUGCCAUCAGUAUUAGACUUGUUUCGCUCUUUUUAUUCCGGGUGCUUCAAAAAAAUGUUAACAUUCAUAUGGCACUAUCGUUUUUAAUGACAAAUGAACGGAUAAUACUGCACUGUGACGUGAUAGCAAAUGUCUGUUAAUAGCUUCAAAAAAGUCUCCACUUGUUCACCAUCAUUGUCAACGCGUGCCUGCAAUUCCUCCAGGUGGUCUCCAUAGCGCGGAGGCACAUUGGUGUUGUUGUUUCAAAUUCCCAGAAGUGUUCACAUUUUUUUUAAGCACCCUGUAUAUAUAUAAUCAAAGGAAAGAUUAUUGUGAGUUCACUCAGCCGUCGUUGUGAAUGCCGUCACCGAGUACUGCAAUGGGAUCUCGUCCCGCGUGGGUUAGCGACGAAAUGGAACGCGGUGGCAUUGCAGGACUCUGGUGACCGCGUGGGGGGGGGGGAGGCCUUCAUCCAACAGUGGAAAGAACACGUCUGAUGAUGAUGGUGAUGAUGAAACAUCAAGAGGAGUUGACCACGUGUGUGUGUGUGCGCGCGCGGUGGUGACGUCACCGCGCGUGGUGCCACCCGCGUCCCGCAGCGUCGAACCCGGGUUCGUGCGACGCGUUGGCAUCACGCCUCUCCACCCACCCUCCACCCGGGCUGUGGAUCACAGUCGGUGCUGGUCGAAAUUAAACAUAAUCCACUGCUGGAUGAAGACAUGUUGGCGCAGUGGUAACACUCGUGCCUCGGAGAGAUUAGCACGGUUGGCUACGUACGGUGUGAAAGAAGUUCAACGAGCAUACAUAGAAGGGUUCAGGGUUCGUCCCAUAGCUAAAAAAAAUGACCCAAUGGAACUGGUGUUGGGAAAAGAUUCCAGUGCUGGAAAUUUCUACCUGAAAAUUUACUCAUUUGGGAUCACACAGCAGCGCCAUCGCCCCCUGCAAAAAAAAAAAAAAUUGGCAGAGACGGCAUGGGCCACCACGGUGGCGAGAUGUUCUCCGCCUCGCCUGGUGUUGCAGGAGUUUUCUUCGUGUUCUCCCCGUGGCGGCAUGGAUUUGUCUCUUCUUACGAGGAUUUGGCUGCUGUGAAUUUCCCCAUGAUAAGCCACUUCGUUGAGAUAUCAGUUUGUGGCCACGUUGCUUAUGAAAAAAGCGACGUAUCUAUGUGGACAUUACCCGGUAUAAAAUAAAAAUAAAUAGGUUAAUAGGUCGGGCUUUCCUGGCUAAGCACGCAUAGUAAUACAUAAUACCUCACCAUGCCAUAUGGGGGUGGUUUGACCAUACUUCACCAUACUGGUCAGUGCAGGUUGGGAAAGUGGGGGCCCAGGACCAAUUCAGAUAUCGCUCGCUACCGAUGGUGUCUGUAGCUGGGAAUCCAACUCAGUCGUUGGGUUCAAAGCAUAUUGUGCUAAUUGCUGUUGCAUCGAUUCAUCCCGUGGAAGUAUUUCACAAAUAUGAAUGUGGCCGAGAAUCAGACUCUUGAUUGCUGGAUAUGUUCAACUGAUGAAUGUUAAUGAGACGCAGAUAAUACAACAUCAUUGUGAUAUGAUGGCGUGUGUAAAAAACAUUUUUGAAAAUUAAGUAUUGGAAAUAGAGAUUAAUUGUUUUUGCCGAAUUUUGUUUUGCAUAUGGUGACAUUUAAUGUCAGUAAAAUUAUUUAUGUGAUCGACACACAAAUAAGAUGCUUUAAAUGUACCUUGUGAUGCACUUUAAAUAAGUAUAACUGUACCCUUUUAAAAUACCACCUUAUCAAACUGCUGCAGUAAGAGAGCCUCUGUAUACCUACCGUGUCUGUCGUCAGGUUUGGAGGGCCGUAUUUCACCAUUCCUGAUUGGUGUGCUUUGAAGGGAGCCCUGGACCAGUUCAGAUAACGAGACAAAGCUCGCCACUGAUGUUUAUCGUGGCUGGAAAUUGAACUGACUUCAAUUGCCAGCGCUCUGACCACUGUGCCACCACUCCACCCAAGUAUAUACAUAUAUAUGCACCUUUUAAUAUAUGUACAUGGUAUAGUCAGACUUUUUUUCAAUCGACUGCUAGAUGGGGCCUUCCCACUACAUCCUCACACUGGUUGGUGUAGUUUGGUGGAGGCAUAGAGCAUCGAUACGGGAGCAUAGAAGUAUGUUACAAUUAAAUUUGCUUCACUGCCCACUGCUGUCCAUAAGGCAGUCCUACAACCUCUUUAACACCUGUUGUUGUGCAUGGCGGUCGCUUAUCCAACAACUACCCAUGCUUCACUCUGCUUCGCUUUCCAAGGUCGGAUAAGAUCAGGUGCAAGAUAUACGUGCAGUACAUCAACACGUCUCUUGGAAUGUACAGCAGCAGAAAUCAGCCGAGAUGUCAAUGUGUGCCUUUCCCAUUUGCUGUGUCAAAAAAUCCAUCCGUGAAAUGUCCCGUAAAAUCAUCAGCUGGGCCCAGACCAUGGCUACCAUAGUUCAGCAGCCUAAAUAAUUCCAGGGCAUUGGAGGCUGGCUGGCUGGCUUUCGACUUAGACCAUGAGGCCGACACUGGUGAGAAAAUCUCCCAGUUAUUAGGUGUAGCCCCUCCGAGCGCAUGCUCGCGCCAGCGCUGGCAGUAGGGCCUCUGUUCUAGGGAGCUCCAGAGAGCCUCUCUAGAGGGUAUUGAGCCGACUGUCCAUGCUGGCCACAUCUUGGACAUGUGGGAGUAUCCCAACCUGAUUUGACCACAUUUUGUAUCCACUAACUCGUGUACCCAUUCAUGCGUCUGGGAGGACGUAGGUGGAGGUUUUUUUAAUAAACUUGCACCACUUUCAUCUGGCGCACUCCAGGAGAUACAAUCGGACAUGUCAUAUUUGGCCAGUGUGGAAGGGAAGGUCAAAUUACCCUUUGUGCCAGCAGUGGCAUGAGCCAGUGCCGGAUUAAGCUGGUGCGGGGCCUGUAGCAUAUGUUAUAAAGGGGCCCUAAAAACACACAUUCAAAUUUUUUUUUUGUUUCGUAGUAAAAUAAUUUUAUUUUUUUAUUUGCUAUACAGCCAGAUAAUGCGCCAAAUCACUAACCUUAAACACCCAGUAGUUCAUAAAAGUUGAAGGCAAUAUAAUACUAUAGUAAUAGAACAAGUGCAGAAUCUCAAUUGAUAGCUUGAAAGCAUUUCGCGCGAGGUCCUUGAAAGUGCGGGGCCCGUAGCUACUACACAUGUAGCUACUUGUGCUGCUGGGAUAAUCCGGCAGUGGCAUGAGAGCAGGUAGGCAAUCGCAGAUCCGCAAUACUAAAUGCGGCUUAAGUCUUGGCAUUCGGUGCGUUAGAUGUACUGGACAUCUCAUGGUGUUCGUGGGUGUGUGACGAGGUUCAUUCUCUGAACAGCAAACGCUGCGCUUCCUGCCCGAUAAUUAAAAUUGGCAGUUUUGGUUGAGGCGCGGCCACGCGUUCCCAUCGCGACGGGGUACGAGUGGCGUUCGGAUCUCCCGGAGGGGAGGAGAGCUUUCAAUUGUGUGCCGUCUCAUCCAGAUUCCGCAAUAAUGGGAUGCAUGAUUCGUGGUGGCUUCUCGAAUUUUCCGUGAUGACAUUUCCAGAAUGCUCCCUCCCCUCCUCCUCCCCCCACCUCAAAUAGGAAUUGCAGAUUCUUUCAUUAAUUUUGGUGGCACGUAACAGUCAAAUCGAUGGCAGCUGAAUAUUUAUCAAAUUGGUUUAGACAGCACAACUCGUCUUAUAUUAUAUAUGUAAAUGUUAUAUUUAAAAUUCUUGAGGACACGCAGUGUGCUUGCGAAUGCCCCGGCAUGCCAAGAGAUGGACAAUGAUUUGGACAUGAAUAACAAAGCAAAGUAUUGAACUGUUGUUUCCUCUACCACAAGAUAGUCCUACAACUUUACAGCCCUCUGUCCAUCCGCUGGUGGAUAAAUGUCUCCCCGUGCCGUGUGGGUCUUAGGAGUUGUUGGACCAUACGUCACCGUGUCUGUCGGUGUCUAUGAGUGACAGGAGAGGGCCCAGAAUUGAGCCAACUCCCUGCACGCCACCGCUUUUGUUACGUAUGUCGGGAACCCAGCACCGGUUCAGAUGUCACUCGCCACUGGUCAAAGGAAUUGAACUCGUGUCGCCGGGAUCAUUGCACGGCACUGUCCACUAAACCACUACGCCACGGUCGUUUGUUUUGGCCACUGCACAGCUGCCGAAGCAACUCCCCUCGUCUAUGGGAACCUCAUUUGCCAGUAAAAAUAUGAUAAUUGGUUUUAUACCCUUCUAUCUGGCAACAAAACUGACACCUUUUUACAAGGAGUCAUGUUUGCAUAGACCACAAUACCUGCAGUCAUAAUGCAAAGA